AUGUGCAGCAACGAAAAUUCAACGAAUCACGCGUCACAGUCGAAGCUACCCGCCAGAUUUACAUUUGAUGCUAAUAUUCCGAGAGCUAUAUUUCCCAUAGAUCACUAUAAGCUACAACUUUACCAGUACGCAGUCGCCGAACGUUUACGAUAUCCAUUACUAAAUCCUUUUCCAUCGACAUUAACUUGUUAUCCUUUAUUACCUAGAUCGCUUCAACCUGAAGAACCAAAACCGCAACAUAGUUAUAUCGGAUUAAUUGCAAUGGCUAUUUUGAGUUCUCCGGAUACUAAAUUGGUAUUAUCCGAUAUAUAUCAACAUAUUCUAGAUAAUUACCCGUAUUUUAGAACCAGAGGACCCGGUUGGAGGAAUUCAAUACGACACAAUUUAUCAUUGAACGACUGUUUUAUCAAAGCUGGAAGAAGUGCAAAUGGAAAAGGACAUUAUUGGGCUAUUCAUCCAGCAAACGUUGAAGAUUUCAGAAAAGGCGACUUCAGGAGGCGUAAAGCUCAAAGAAAAGUGAGAAAACACAUGGGACUGGCGGUCGACGAAGAUGGAGCAGAUUCUCCCAGUCCUCCACCACUUUCAGACAGCCCUUCAGUAAUACCUGGUCCUUCGACGUCAGUGUAUCCGAUGGUUUCAUCUAGACAUUCCACACGAAAGCGGCAGUUCGAUGUUGAAUCGCUUUUAGCGCCAGAUUCGGGAGACGAAACGAACGAAGAAGACAUUGAUGUAGUUUCCAGUGAACAUCAAGAAAAAACUGAAAACAAGCAACAGUGGCCGAUGUUUCCAAUAGUGGAUUAUUAUCAAGCUCUACUCAAUACACCGUCAAUACGGCCAAUAAUGCCUGAUACCAAUAUAGACAACUCGAAGUAA